AGCAGAAACAUGAUCAGGUGGAGCUUGCGCAGCCUCCUAAUCUCAGCGUUCAUCCUUCGCGUUUAUCCCCUGAGCGCGGAAGACUACGGGGGUUACAGGAUUCCGGAGAUCUACGCGCCAAGUCGCUACGAAGUCGAUAUCACCGUUCCGGAAGAUGUAUUCAAUGGCGAAAGCCUCUUAUUCUGGGGUCGAGUUCAAAUCACUUUUCGUGUAGAGUCUGCCACCCGCGAGAUCCAAAUACACACGAGGAGUACUGUGACGGAAGUAGCGUUGACUGCUGCAUCUAAUACCGUGACCGUUACCAGCUUCGCCCAGUACAACAGCACCACCCAAAUCCUCACCAUAAGUCUAGGACAGGAGCUGGUGGUCGGUGUCGACUACGCAUUGGCGAUAAGCUACAACGGAGAGCUAGACACGACUAUAUUCAGAGGGUUCUACUUGAGUUCGUACAAGGCGGCUUCCGGGACGACCGAGUACCUGGUGGCGACCCAAUUCGAGCCCACCCACGCGAGACACGCCUUCCCCUGCUUCGACGAGCCCAAGUACAAGGCAAAGUUUCAGGUUAGCAUUACGAGGCCAGCCACUUACAACGUUCUGAGCAACACCAACGUUGCUUCUGACGUCGUCGUCAACUCCACGUUUACCAAGUCUACGUUCACGGAGACGCCGCGCAUGUCCACGUACCUACUGGCAUUCAUCGUUUCCAAGUUUACCUGCACCGCAGGCGACGUCAUAGCCGCCGGUGUGCCCCAUCGGGUAUGUUCCAGACCCGAGCAAGCAGAUUACAGGGCCCUGGCCGUCGAGUUGGGACCCCCGAUUAUGCGUUCCCUCGAAAAUAUUACCGGCAGCAAAUACGGUGAUCAGAUCGCUAAAAUGGACCAGGUUGCUAUUCCGGACUUCGCUUCGGGCGCCAUGGAGAAUUGGGCCAUGGUCACGUACAGGGAAACGAAUUUGCUCUGGAGCGCCGAGGACUCGUCUAAUUCUUACAGGAAAAGCAUCGCUCUGGUAAUCGCCCACGAGUUCACCCACAUGUGGUUCGGCAACUUGGUGACCUGCGACUGGUGGGACUACAUCUUUUUGAACGAGGGCUUCGCCAGAUUUUACCAGUACUUCGCCGCUGCUCCCGUCAGCCAACUGUCGAACUGGGAGUUGGACAAGCAGUUCGUGGUCGAGCAGGUCCAUACUGCCCUCUUGAGCGACUCGUCCACCGGCUCGGACGCGCUUACCUCUAAAGCGUCCAGCCCGUCGCAGAUUUCGAAUAAGUUCAGUACCAUCGCCUACAAUAAGGGGGCCUCGAUCCUGAGGAUGGUCCAGCACGUGAUUGGAGCCGAUAACUUUUUGUCUGGGAUAAGACACUACCUGUCCACUUAUUCCUACUCGACCGCUGUACCGUCGUACCUGUGGGGAUCCCUCAACAACUUCACGUCAUCGUCGUCAUUACCCGACGGAGUGACAUUGAACGCGGCGCUCACCAAUUGGAUUGACGCUGCCGGGUACCCGGUGGUGACGGUGACUUCCGACGGAGAUGACGUCAUCUUAUCCCAGAAACGGUUCCUGCUGAGCGGUUCUGCGACGACGCAGUGGUACGUCCCGAUCAGUUACACGCUGUCCAACGACACGUCAUCUUUUACUGCCACUUCGGCUAAAAUUUGGCUAACGCCUGGCGCAAACCGCACCCUGAAGGGAGCUUUGAAGGGAAACCAUUGGAUAGUACUAAAUAACCAACAAUCUGGUUACUACAGGGUCAAUUACGACGACGCUCUCUGGGGUGCUAUCAAGGAGACGCUUCGGUCGAAUCACACCUCCAUCGACGUCCUCAACAGGGCCCAAUUGUUGAACGACGUGUACAACUUCGCGAGGUCCGGUUUGGUAAAGUACUCUGACGCCUUAAGUGUGUUCUCGUACCUGAAGAACGAAGAGGAGUAUUACCCGUGGUAUGCGGCCAUAGUGGGCUUGAACCAUCUGCUCCAGAGGAUAGGUUACGAAUCUGCGGUCGGGAAGAGGCUCGUAGCUCACCAGCUAGAAAAUUUGCAAAAGGUUUAUGCCACGGUACCGUUCAGCAAGCUCGAUUCCAAUGACCAGGUGUACACCACGAAGCAGGUGACCGUCAUAACCAGGGUGUGUCGUUACGGAGAGUCGACGUGCGUGGCGCACGUUAAAGAUCUUUUCGCUCAGUACAAAAACGGAAAGAGCGUCGACAAGAACCUGAGAAGCAUCGUCUACUGCAACGCGUUGCGGUAUAGUGACGACAUCGAAGCCGACUUUAACUUUUUGUGGGAGCAGUUUAGGAAAACCUCAUUAGCGUCAGAAGUAGUCACCAUCUUGGGUUCCUUUGGCUGCGCCCAAGACUCGAAGCAUCUGAAGUGGUUCCUGAACCAGACCAUCAACGCGACGUCGGGUAUCAGGCUGCAGGACUUUUCAACCGCGUGGUCGUCAGUCUACUCCAGUGGCGGAAAGCUGGGCGCUAUAGCGGCCAUGGAGUUCAUCGCCGAGAAUUACGCGGCUCUAACUUCAUACUACUCCGACGUGGGUUCCUUGGUGGCGAGUAUUGCCAACUAUUUUUAUGCCGAGGAGCAGCUGCAAGCGCUUCAGAUGCUGAUCGACUUACCGGGGAUUAGCGCUAGUCACAACGCCACUGCCGUUAGCGCACUGAAUAGCGUCAAGUCCAAUAUGGCGUGGGCGGCCGCCAAAGCGGCGGACGUGGUGAGCUUCUUGGACGAGGUGCAGUCUUCGGGGUCUCGGGGGUUGAUGAAGGGGGGCAGUUGGUGGCUCGCUUUUACGUCUAUAGUUGUUGUAAGACGAGGGCUGUGGCGAAACGAAGUGACUAGUCUCGGCGCGUCACGCAAUAUGCAGCUCCCUUAUAGCAGGUUUGCUGGUCUCGCCUUAUGCUUUUUGUGUCUCGGGUAUGCCUCCAUCACCAUGACUAGUCCACUCUCCGGAGGGUACCGACUCUCUGACAACUACCUCCCCUCCAAAUACCGCGUGGAACUGGUCAUACCUGCUGAAAUAUUCUCCCGUAAAAACCUGGAUUAUUCCGGUACGGUAGCAUUAACGUUCCGGGUGAAAAAAACCACGCAGCAUAUCCAGAUACAUACUAGAAGCACCGUACUGGACGUCAGCCUGUGGAAUGGACAGAGCUCGAUCCACUUGGCCGGUGGUGGCCAUUACAAUUCGACCACCGAGAUUCUCGCUUUUCCGACGCCGCUGGAACUCAAACCAGGAACCAACUACACAUUGAAGAUUAGCUACCAAGACAAAGUGCAAGACAAAAUACUGAAAGGCCUGUACUUGAGUAACUACAAAAAGCGAUCCGGAAACGUGGAAUAUCUUGUCGCCACCCAGUUCGAGCCGGUUUACGCGAGGUGGGUGUUCCCCUGCUUCGACGAGCCCUCAUACAAGGCCAAGUUCGAGCUGAGUGUCGUUCAUCCCUCGAAAUAUAACGUCAUCAGCAAUACGGAAGUGUCGACCACCGUGCGGAACGGCACUUACACGAAGACCACCUUCAGAGAAACGCCGGUGAUGUCUACGUACAGUCUCGCUUUGGUGAUAUCAAAAUUCACCUGCACCAACGGAAGUCGGAUAGAUGGCGAACUGGAGUACCGCGUUUGCUCGAGAGAGGAAGCCUCCCAGGACAGGGCUCUGACCCUGGAGCACGGUACUAGGAUCAUGGAGAGCUUGGAAAAUAUCACGGGGAUUAAAUAUGGCGGGAACGCGUCAUCUAUCACCAAAAUCGAUCACGUCGCAAUUCCAGACUUCGAUUCGGGCGCCAUGGAGAACUGGGGCAUAGUCACAUAUCGUGAAGUUGGGCUUCUCUGGAACCAGCAACUCUCCACUGAUGCGAACGCGAAGGCCAUCCUUCUCUUGGUGACUCACGAGUCUUCCCACAUGUGGUUCGGAAACUUGGUGACGUGUGUCUGGUGGGAUUACCUCUUCCUGAACGAGGGCUUCGCAAAGUACUUCGAGUACUUCGCGUUGGCUCGCCUGAGCGCUCUCUCUCGAUGGGAGCUGGACAAGCAGUUUGUGAUAGAUCAGGUCUAUACCGCCUUGCAGGUAGAUUCUAGGUCGGACUCCGUGGCUUUGACCUCCGCCGCGUUGACUCCUUCAGAAAUCUCGGCCAAAUUUAACAAGAUAACUUACAGUAAAGGCGCCUCAAUUUUGAGGAUGCUCGAGCGUUCGUUGGGGAGUGAGACGUUCGUCUCGGGGAUCAGGCAAUACCUGAGAAUUUACGCGUACCACACCGUGGUACCCACGGACCUGUGGCGCUCUUUAGGUGCUGUCGCUCCGAAUUCGGUCUUGCCCGACGGAGUUUCACUGGAUGUAAUCAUGGGCAACUGGACGAACCGGCCUGGUUAUCCCGUGGUGACGGCCUCCGUCCGCGGAGACGACGUGGUGCUGUCGCAGGAACGAUUCUCGUUGGGAAAAACGACUUCGUGUUCUUGGUACGUGCCGAUUACCUACACCGCGUCCAAUAACACCAGCGCAUUUUCCGAAACAACCGUCAAGCUUUGGCUACGCCCAGGUGAGACCGUCACCAUGAGGAACGUCCUCAGAACCAACAGUUGGAUCAUCUUCAAUAAUCAACAAUCAGGUUUCUACAGGGUGAACUACGAUCCCACACUGUGGGCCAACCUAAUACGAGUACUCAAGAGCAAUCACAGAGUGAUAGACGUGUUGAACAGGGCAGCAUUGGUGAACGACGCGUAUAAUUUGGCCAGGUCAGGCGCUAUACGAUAUUCCCUAGCGUUGACGGUCUUGUCGUACCUGGAAAACGACACCGAGUACUAUCCUUGGACGUCAGGACUGAUGGCUAUAAAGCACCUCCACCGCAGGCUCAGCGGGUAUCCCGCGCUAAGCGAUCUGGUGGCGGCUUACGCAUUGGAUCGACUCCGGAAAGUAUCUUCCAUUGCACUCUAUGGCGACGUCAAUCCCGAGAGCCAAAUAGACAAGUUGAAGCAGGUGGCAAUCUUGUCGGCACUCUGCGAAUACGGCGAGCCGCGCUGCGUGACCACCGCCAGGGCUUUGUUCGAACGGUACAAGGAAGGAGCCCAGGUGCCGAAAAACCUCAAAAUUCUCAUUUAUUGCAACGCGUUGCGCUAUAGCGACGACGUCGACUCGGACUUUGGCUUCCUGUGGAAGGUUCUCCAAGAGGCAGCGGGGCAGGCCUCGGAGAUGGGGGCAGUUUUGCAAAGUUUGGGAUGCAUUAGAAAUUCGACUUACUUGAAUUGGUUUUUACUUCAGACCGUCCAUCAGCCUCCGGGGGUGAGGCUCCAGGACGUGCUACAGGCCUGGACGUCGGUGUAUGCUAACGGGGGUCAUCUGGGCACGACCGUAACUCUUCGGUUUGUUUUGGACAACUACGUGCGAAUAAGGGAUUACUCGCAGGAGAAUCUAGACAAGUUGAUCAAGAAUAUAGGGACGUUUGUGACGACGACAGAUCAACUGAGAAUGCUGGAGGCACUGACAAAACACCCGAACAUAAGUGAGGAACACAAAUCAGCUGUCGAAACUGCGCUGAAAGAGGCCAAAUACGAAAUCGAGUCAAUGGCGGUUAGGGUCCAUGAAAUCCGGGAGUUCUUCGACGAAUUCCGGGAUGGUUCUUCGGUCAGCAGGGUCGCGCCCGGCAUGCUCUUGUCUGUAGCGGUGGUAGUACUUUUGGCGACAAUACAGUCUUUUGAUUAGCUUAAGUAUUAGCGGGAAAAAUAUUAUAAUAUAUAAUUUCAACCAUCUAGUAGUAGUAGUGGUUUUAAGAUGAUAGUUUAUUUUCCUAUUGCUCUAUUAUAGUUAAGUAACAGAUUUGUUUGAAUUGAGACAGCUUGAAUCACAAUUAAAAGAUAUUUCAGAAUCGGAGUGGUUCAACAAUUGGACUAAACGGCUCGAAUGUGUAAAUCGUUGAGAUAUAGGUAACUAAUAGUGUAGAGUUAUUAUUAAACUUUUGAUUGGAUGGGCUUUGCUUGUUAGUAAUAAUAUAUUGUUUAUUAUCAAUAAGGGGUCCACUUUUAAUGCAAAGCUACGGGAUACACAAUCAUCUAUUAUAAUAAAAUUUGUGAAAAAAUGUAUAAUGCAUGAUUAAGUUUGAGCACCACCGCUUGUUAUCGUAAGUGCUAUUUUAUUUUUCAAGUAUUUUUUUACUAACGGCACAACUAAAAUACCAAUUUUGCCAUGUUCGGUAUUCAUAUUAGGUGCACUUAAAAUAUUUGCGAGUCAAACAGCGUACAGGGUACAAAAAAUACAAAAAUCGCGCAAAAGUAAGAAAAGUUGUUUAGAAUUAAAAGUUAUGCCAUAAUAUUUAAACAGAACGUACUAAGAUAAAAAAUGUUGUGUGUUGGAAAAAUAUUAAUAAUUUCCUAUAUUAUUUGCUCAAUUUUUUGAAAUGGGGGUACUUUACUCAUGUGUAAUUUUUAUAUUUUUUGUUCCACCCUGUAUUCUAUUCGGCUUGCAAAUAUUUUAAGUGCAUCUAAUACGAUUAUCGAACCUGCACCAACUUUGGCAAUGUUAUUUCCCCAUAUUAUUUUGCCAAUUUUUUUGAAAUAUGGGUACUUUACUCUUGUGUAAUUGUUGAAUUUUUUCCCAUCCUGUAUGCCGUUUGGCUUGCAAAUAUUUUAAGAGCACCUUGUAUGAUUAUCGAACAUACACCAACUUUCUUCAAUAUUAUUUCCUGUAUAAUUUUGCCAAAUCUAUUGAAAUAUAGGUACUUUACUCUUGUGCAAUUUUUGUAUUUUUUGUCCCACCCUGUAUA